CCUUACUCUGCCACUCUGGUGUGGUGCUAGUAGCUCUUUGGUCCGGCCCGGUCCCCAGCGGCAAAUGAAAUGAAAGAAAUCGGCAGGGAGGGAGGCAUCGUGGAAUCCGAAUCCACAGCUUUGCAUUGCCCUCGCUCCUAGCUUUGGCUGCCUUUCUCUUUCUUUCUUUCGCAGUCUCUCUGUUCCUACCCUUUUUUGGCCUUUUGCCUUUGUCUUUGCUUCUUCUCGAGGCCUCCUCCCCUUCCUUCCCCUUUCUGACAACAUUUCAUUUCAUUGCCAGCAACACCAACCAACUAGCUAGUGCUACCUGGCCUGCAAGCAAGCAAGCAGGCUCGCUCUCCCGAUCCCUCAGGACAACAUCCAUCCAUCUCCCUCUGCUUGCCGGCCGGCCGGCAUCUCAUCUGCAGGUAAGUUGGAAUCGGCCGGCUUCUUCUGACCCAUAUCAUCAUAAUUAUUGUUAAUCCACACAGCGGCCCGGAUGGCAGAUGUGAUCAAGAAUGAAGUUGGAUCAUUUCCUCCUGGGAAGAAGAUAACGGUUGUGUUUGUCAUAGGCGGCCCUGGCAGUGGCAAGGGCACUCAGUGUUCUAAGAUCGUCAAACACUUUGGCUUCACCCAUCUCAGCGCUGGCGAUCUUCUGCGUGAGGAAGCUAAAUCUGACACCGAACAGGGCAUGAUGAUAAAGAAUAUGAUGCAUGAAGGAAAGCUCGUGCCGUCAGAGCUAAUCGUCAAGCUACUGUUCAAGGCCAUGCUUCAAAGUGGAAAUGAUAAGUUCCUUGUUGAUGGAUUCCCUCGAAAUGAAGAGAACCGUCAAGCGUAUGACAGCAUCAUUAGCAUUGAACCUGAGUUCGUACUGUUCAUCGACUGCCCAAAGGAAGAGAUGGAGCGUCGCAUUCUAAACCGAAAUCAGGGAAGAGAUGAUGACAACAUCGACACCGCAAGGAGGCGCUUUGAAGUUUUCCAGGAGUCGACUAUGCCUGUUGUUCAGUAUUAUGAGAAAAGGGGGAAGCUUAGAAGGGUUGAUGGUGCUAAAUCCGCUGAUGAGGUUUUUGAAGAUGUAAAGGCCAUAUUCGUGCAGCUGAACACCCAGGCAAACCAGGGUGGCAAUGUGAGCAGAGCACGGAGCAAUCCAUUCAAGCGGUUCCUGGAAUUAUUCUGUGGAUGCUUCGGGACACAGGAGGCACCGAGGCAACAAACUGACAAAUAGGAUGAUUGUGUGGUAGUGGUGUAUAUAUCCUUGCUCAGUCCUCAAGGCUGGAGCAACAUACAGAAAAGAUUCAGAAAACAUUUGCUGUGGCUGAAGUGUUGUGUGUAUAUCUAUCUAUCUAUCUGGUGUGCAUGUUGUGCAGAUUCAUCAGUGUUGUGGACCAUCCAUUGCCAGAGAGGCAGAGUUAUGUAAAAACUAGAAAAGAAACAGUUAACCAAAAAGAGAAUGGCCUUGCUCAGCUGCACCUGUCCUUGUUGGUUCAGUCCUGGAGGCUGGAGGUUGCAGGAGUCUUGUAGUCCUGGAGUUCAGAAGCGUGUCAACUCUCAUCUGGGCUUGUUCAGCUUGGUGCGUCCCUGUCCCAGCUGAGAUUUGUGCCAUGCUCUCCACUCGAAGCCAUCCGCCGCCGCGGCCUUCGUCACCUUGAGGAGAAGUGUGCCAUGCUCCUGAGCCUUGGAUUUUUAAACUGACACGGACCUGAUGAUGAAGAAGUUGCGUGUACCUGGUCCACCAUGCUGAUGUUGACUUACUUUCCCAUUUCGCUGCUGAUGUGAACUUACCUUCCUUUUCCAAUGCCAUCAAACUACUUGACGAAUUAUGGCAAGAUUGAAAGGGUUGUUUCUGUUUCCUGAAUUAAGCAUCACAAGGAGAUUGUAAGGAACGUAGACGGCGAGUAAGCCCGCCAAAAGGCAUACACACACAUAGUGUUUGUUCAGUUCA